AUGCCUACCGCGAUUGUCACAGGUGCCACCGGACUUCGACAUGCUCACAGAAGAAUCCUAGGAAUCACCGGAAACGCGAUAGUUCGCCAUCUUGUUCAAGAUCCCACGUAUACAAAGAUUUACACGCUUUCACGAAGCCAGCCCGGUAUUCAGGAUGCGCAGGUCGAGCAUGCCUGCCUUGACCUGCAAAAUUCAGCAGAAGAGAUGGCAGAUAGUCUUGCGGGAGUCUCUGCCGAUUAUAUCUACUUCUGUGCUUACUUGGCGAGAGAUGAUGAAGACGAGGCGGCCCGUGUCAAUGGCGCGUUACUCUCAAACUUCCUUCAAGCACUCGAAAUGAACGGCGCAGCGAAGAGAAUCAAACGACUGAUUCUGACCUGUGGAUUCAAGUAUUAUGGAGUUCAUCUGGGAUUGCCAAAGCAGCCUCUGGUGGAAUCUGACCCAGCAUUGGAAGAUGGGCUUGGCGGCUACAAAUGGCCAUCCAACUUCUAUUACACCCAGAAGAAGAUACUCGAGGACGCCGCAGCCAAGGGCAAGUGGGAAUGGAUCUGCACUCUCCCAAAUGAUGUCAUUGGAUACGCCAAACACAACUUCAUGAAUGAAGCUACUGCACUUGGCUUAUACUGUGCUGUCAGCAAAGCUUUGCCAGGCUCACAGUUGGUUUAUCCCGGCAACAAACUCAACUACCUACUGUUUAAUUGCUGGACAUCUGCUGAACUCCACGCAAAGUUUUGUAUGUGGGCCGCUACCGCACCUGGGGCUGGAAACAAUGUUUUCAACGUCGCCAAUGGCGAUACCGAGUCAUUCCAGAGUUUGUGGCCACGCCUCGCCGAGAGAUUUGGCUGUACGAUUCCGAAGAACAUGUUCGAUCCUGAUACCACGAAACACUUGGCUGCAGAGGCUACCGAUACCCAGGUGAAGUUCAACAACCCUAUUUCCGUACAUGCUGUGUCUAUGGGUAUCAGUGAUGAUCCUACCACCACUCGGUCACCAGUUCUUCAGCUUCCCAUGGACCCUCAGAAAUGGGCCCAGCGUGACGACGUCAUUCAAGCAUGGAACAAGCUCAAGGCUUCAUAUAACCUGGAUCAGGCUGCGUGGGACAAAGCUACUUGGGGUUUCUUGACAUUUGUCCUUGGCCGGGAAUGGGGGUGUGUUGCCAGCAUGAGCAAAGCUAGAAAACUUGGCUGGACAGGAUAUGAAGAUACCUGGGAGACAUUUGAAAGGACAUUCGAUGUCCUUGAGAAGGAGGGAAUAAUCCCCCCAAUUGAGCAACUGAGAAAUGACUUCCAAUAG